UACAACAACAACACAGAAAGCAUAGUCAAAAUACUGCCGCAGCACUUAAUCGAAAAAUUAUUCGGAAACAAACGCCGACGGACGGCAAGGAAACUGUCAAAUGAUUUAUAUGAUUAUACACCGUCCAUGGAUGCGUUUACCGAUUAUUUGGGAAACAGACUGAAACGCGACACUGCAUCAGACGAAAACGCAGAUAUAGAUGAAGAAGUCGAUGAAAAAUACUUAUCAACAACUCCUAAAGAAAAUUAUGGAAGCCUAGCAAUACUAAGGACCACAAAAGAAACCAACAAAUUCGGUUUUGUAGACAUCGACCUAGUGCCUCAAUCAGUAGUCCUGAGUCUAAGAGAUAAUUCAUCAAAACACAGCAGAUUCAAGAACUUCUUCAAGAAAUUCUACUUCAAGAAGAAGAAACCUAAAACUUAUAAAGAUAGAAAGGCGUUUAAGCGGCAAUGUUACAUAACUAAUAGAAGAUCUAGAUUCAAUCCGAUUAGGAAAUUAAAGAACAUGUUCAAGGUUCGAACUGAGGAUGAAAAACCUAGUCACAACCCACCAAAUUAUAGAGCUCCUAAUGUUCCAGAUUAUGAUAUGAUCACAUCACACAUAGAUACAUUCAAACAUAUUAAAUAUGAUAAGCCUUUAUCUAUUGAUGAGAUGAAAAAACAGAUUCCUAAUAUAAGUGACGUUAUAGAGCCUGAGACUACUCUGCAUACUAGCACAAAUAGACCACCGGCUUAUUCGUAUAAAUUGGAUGAUAAGGACAGGGAUCUUCUGUACCAUUAUCAUAUACCACAUUCGACUCCAAAGACGGCAACUGUGGAAGUUUUAAGUAAGCCGCCGACUGUCACGGCCACUACAUUAGCCAGCUCCUCAAAAGUCGCGCCUCCACCGAGCUCGACAGCAGGUAACCAGCCUCCCAGUAACGUGAUGACAGUCAACGUCAAAACUAUAAAAUCCCAGUCGCAGGCAACCACCACGCCAAAACAGGAAGUUCACGAAGACACCUCACCUCUGAUGACGUUAGACGAUAUGAACCUUGUCCUAACGAAUAUUCAGCAUAAACUCGCAAAGACGCCGAGAAACUUCCCGAAGCUCUCGACGUCGUAUUACAAACGGGGGACCCUCCGCGAUUAUAUAUUCAGCAGACACCACCCCACACCUGUAUAUAGGAGACCGCUCGAAGAACUCACAAUUAGAAACAAAUUGACGAGGAUAGCCAAGUUCCCGAUACGGAAGCGGCACUUCAAAAACAAACGAAAUGAAAUGCUAGCACAGCGGCCGAUGGGUAACGACUAUAUGAGCUUCCACGAAGGUCCUAUGUCUCGGGUGUCGAGACGAGAAAUGAAGAACAGGGUGCAGUACGCACAGAAUGCGAACAGAGCUAACCCAGGACCUAUGAUGAGGAAGUCGCCAAACGAGAAAUACAAACACACUGACUACUUCAAUGAUCUGCUGAUGUGGCAUAAUGAUAUCCUCAAUCUAGACCGAGUUCCUGCCCCAGUCUGGAAGAGUAUCCUCAAGAAUAUACAAGCGGAGACAGGCGAUGGCUUCACAACUCCAAACAUGAACAAUCUAGUCAGAGAAUUGGAUGAAAUCAAUGAAUUUUUGGACUACGAUCCAAGAAGCGUGAGUCGAUAUAUAAAUAUGCCAAACGCCUCCGUCAACGCGACCUUAAGAGAGGCGGACGCAACUUUCACAAACUUCAGAAGCUCACAUACGAAAAAAUUGCAGAAACCAGACCUCAUUAGAAGUGUGGCGAUGGAUGACAAAGCAAUAGUCACUAGUAAGAAUAUUCUAAUCAAAGGUGAAGCGAAAUUCUUCCAGUACAAUAAACCGAAAUUCGACAGAGAUUUGAAUUCGAAGAAUAUUAUAGAGAAAUUGAAUAUACAUAGGAAAAAUGUGAACGCUGGCAUCCAAGGGAAUAAGGUCACUAGAAUGGACAGUGAAGCUCCGAAUGAGCCAGCGAUCCACGUUGACACCACUAUGCUGGCCUACGAUGAUGACGUCGAUUCUGUCACCAACGGCGUUGAUGUUAAGAAGCUGUCAAGGGAUUCGCAAAAGUCUACAAAAGCUAGAAUAAUGAUGAAGAAUCAUUCACAGCAUACUCCUCAUAUGAAAACCAACAAGGCACCAGUACAGUACUACACGACGCCUUUACCAAUGAAGUCCAAUGAAUUCAACAAAUUCUUGAAAGACAACAAAAUGGAUGUAGAAUCCGUCACGUCGCCAAUGUUUGAACUUCCAUCUUUCGUCGAAUCUUGGACUCCCAAAAUGGCAACUAAACCAUCAACAUCAACAACACUUAAAACACUAACUGUCCUCAAAGAAACCUCAACAGAAGCUAAGAGAAAACAAACUGUGCCCAUCAAAGCAACUAAAACUGAAAAUCAAAAACAAGUUGCACCAACAACGCCAGGAAUUGAUGAUAAAACUAUGAAACUAACAACCAUAACUUUCAAACCCAUGACGACUGUUAUCACCACUCAUUCCAUGCAAGCAAACAAAUCAAAUCGACGGGAUAUUUACGACGACUUCGACAGAUACAAACGGUUCAGCGAGUUCUACAAAUAUCCUCGCAAUUUCAUAACAGGGAGAUCUCCAUUUAAAACAACACCAAACUACUACAAACUUUUAAAGAGCAAAAUGAAACUUUUUGAGAAGAAGGCGCCGUUGACACUUCGCCGACUGACCACGGACGCUUUCACAUUAGACCCUAGAAACAAGGAAGUUGAAAUAACUAUAAUAAACUUUGACGAUAUCGAUAAAAUGACUACGAGUUACAAAGCUUACGAGACUAUAACAGUGCCUCCGCUUAAUAAGAAAGACGAUCUGUCGACCAUUGCCAGUGAUACAACAGAACGCGGUAUGGAAUUAACAACGGACACUCCGAAAUCGGAUAUGAACCCUAACCCACCGGACGCAAUACACAAUGAAUUGCUCUACAAGGACAUUUUCAAAGAGCCAGCUUCAACAUCUUCGACAACGGAGUUUACUCCAGCCGAUUUCUUGAAAAACAGUGAAUUUACUGCGACGACGGCAUCUUACGCCCCUGGACCGCCGAAAGUUAGGAAUCCAUUUGAUUUUAUCAAUCGAUUACCGGCUGGUAAGAUGGAUAUGCCGAAACGAGUCCAUAUUAGCAGCCAUCAUUAUAAAUAUGAUAUCUUUUAUAAUGACGAGAGGAGGAAUAAGGCUAAAAUUUCGCGACCGAAAUUGUCUCCAGUGGGAUCCAGGCCGGCUAUCAAAAUAACGCCGAAAGGAAGUUACAGCACGAUUUUUAGAAAAGCUGUAUCGAAUACAGAGAUGAGGAAGAAAGUUUCUAGACAAAGGAACAGAACUAGAAUUGUGCGUGAUGUGAGCACAGCGAAGGUUGAAACCGAGGCGCCUUCGGGAUCGCUGGUGUACGACCUGAAGCACCUGCGCCGCUCCACGGAGAUCCCGAUACGAGAGCGGCACAGGAGGCUGUUCCGGAUCUCAGCGAUGAUACAAGACAGAUUUAAGAGUUUGAUGAAGAAUUCGACGGUGAACAGAACGCCAUCAGAACAAACGAGGCACGUUCCGCAACUGAGGUGCACUUGUAACUGUUCAGGCCUGCAGUGUAACACAACAUGUCCGCCGCCGGAGAACCCGAAAUGCUGCAACGACACGACGGAGGAGAAACCGGUCUGUCAGAACAAGACCACCUGCUUGGACCAGAUGAAGAUCGAUGGAUACCCGCUUGCCGGCCCGAACUACCAGCAGAACGCUGAAGAAUGCCCCGAGAUGUACUACGAGUCGGAGUUGAACCGUCCUCCACACACGACGCGACCGGAAGACCCGGUCAUACUGACAGUUAAAGAACACAGCGAUAGAAAGAGAGAUGUACCUUCAGCAGAAAACACGUUCACAGCGAAAGACGUGGCCGCGCUAGAAGUGAUCGUGGAUCUCAUGAAGAACACUCUGAGUUACGAAGAAAAGGACGUUGCUAGUGUCUUCAACAAUAACUAUAUGCAUCAGCCCAUCGGUACAAAAUCAGCAUCUCAUUACAAUAACGAUACCACGAAUUCCAUACAAGUCCAUAUCGCAAUACCUUUCGACCUGCAACCAGGGAAAAAGAGGUCGCCUUUAGACCCUGUUCGUGUUAGAAAGGUGUUCUCAGCGAAAAUGUCCUCACCGGUUGAUCUGGAGUACCAAGUACACUCCUUCGAAGGGACCAUGGCCCCAACUGUCGCCACCCUCCAGAGUACUCCAUACCUUCACAUGCAGAACAUAAGUUACAACAGCACCUUCCCAGAGGACAGUGGAGGUCUCUCUCCAGGUAUGUAUCUACUAGUCGACAAACCUCGAAGUGGCUAUGCACUAAAACCAGUCAAAGCUAAAGUUGAUUUGUCAGCCUUAAAAACGCGCCAAGCGGCGGCGGUGUCGUCCACGCCGGCUGUGGCGUCCACAUCAGCUUCGGCCACGUCAGCUGUGGCGUCCUCCACGGCCGCCAUCACGGAGAACAAACAAGAAACGACAAGUAUAAAGAGUCUCGCGAAAGUCACUCUCAGCAAAGACUUCAUAGCAGCUGUCAAUAAACAACUCAUCGAGUUGUACGAAAAUAUGACAAGAGUUAGCAAAGAUACGGAACAGAAGGAAAGGGAUGAGAGAGAACUCAAAAAAAAAGAAGAAAAGAAAACAAGAAAGACGAGAGCUAUUUUCAAACACAAUGCCAGCGAAGAAUGUACGGACGAAAGUGUCAUCUGCAAGAGGCGCAUUGAUUGGGAUGCUGUGAAAAAGUAUUUCGGUCAUGACAGAGUAUGUAAUUGUAAGUGCAAAGCAAACAAAGCCAUGUGCAGAGCUUGUGCAGCUAGCGAUGCCGUCAUAGAUGAACUAACAUUCGAAUUUGACAACCUUGGCAACUACAUGAGAGAUCACUGUACAGAAAUACAAACGUUCUUCUGGAUGAACCCCACAGGUGGGCAAAAACUCAGAGACUCGGUGAGCAAAAUCGACAAGAGUUUAGGUGAUUAUUAUAAAAGGGUUAAAGGCAAGUGCCAGGGUCGACCCUGCAAGACAUUUUCAAAUAUCGUCGAUAAGAGGCGAGAGACAAAAAUCACAAAAACCCACACGGUUCCGAAAGGGGAAGCCGUCAAGCAUCUGCUUGACGAUCUCUCAGGCAUAGCUGAAGAUUUAAAUAAAACAGUUGCUCUAAAGACAUGUUUCAAUAGAAAACUUAAAGAGGAAGGCGAGAAAUUCCUCCGAGCAAUCAACAACUGUUUGCAAAAGAAACAUCUCGAAAAACGCACGGUAACCUCAAUGAGUACGAAGCGUAAACUGAUUAAAAACGUGUAUUCUCUUGACAAUAUUAAUGUUAACAUCAUCUGUAACCCUGAAGUUACUUCCACAACAGACACUUUCUACCCCACUACAGUACAAGUGCCACAUUCUGAUACCCCAACAACGAAGGUCGGCGACCACCUCUUCGAUUACGAAAUCGAUGACACCAAACACAAGAAACGCAAAGGAUUCAAAAAGCUUUUUCCUAGGAAAAACAAAAAAGACAAAAUGUUCACCUACUAUGUUCCUAUGUACACUACUAGUAAAAAAAGCAAAUUGCACUUCAAACGGCAAGUGGAUGAGAUGGUGACUCCUCUGAUAUCGGACGGCGGCGGCUCCUUCUGGUACGAUUACUUAAAAGGCAGUACUCGUGUUGUUAGAGAAUCUAGUAGAGAGACACCGAAAUUUGGUAUUGCUGUUCUGCAGACCGGCGGAGCUAUCGCGGCGCCCCAUCCACCGGGCACCAGCACGAAGGCCAGGGGACCCGUCAGCAAAAUAUACAUGACCGUUAAGACCAACUCAAAGAAGAGAAAGAUGCAACGAGACACAGAUCCGAUGUACGAAACCACCACAGACUACCUAAGCCAUAAUAUUAACCAGUUGUUACAGCUCUUUGGAAGUCUUCAAGAUAUUGAAGCCAUGAACAUGAAUUCUAAUCGAUCUACAAUGUUUUUAGCUCAUAGGUCGACAAAAUCUAAAAAGGUUAAGACAAAGAAGACGACUAAACCAGCGAAGCCUAUUAAGAUGCAUUACAGAGGUCCCACGACCCCUUCGGAAGCCAGACCACAACCGGUUAAAGUUAGCUCGACAACUAUAAAACCCGAAUCAAAGGAUAUGUUACGUCCAAACGCAACAGAAUCAGCUGAUAACAAAAUGUCGAAUGCAAAAGUUGCGGCAAUUCCUGUUGUAAUACCCGAGUCAACUACUAAGAUUAUCGAAAAUUCCACUCUAAGCUCUAAAGAAACUAGUCAGAUAGAAAAGGAAGCUACUGCUUAUGACCCGAGCGAUCCUUAUGGAAAGUUAGAUAGCAAGAAACCCUAUCAAACAGACACGACCUCCUCACUUGAUUCUACUACAAGUACUACAACAUCUAAUUCCACGUACUCUCCAUUCACCAACAUGUCGUCACCGGACACUACAGGCACGUCAAUGGACACCACCACCCCAUCACCAUUCAGCACGACACCCUCCACACCGACCACACCCACCACACCCACCACACCCACAUAUCAAACCCAAUUCACCACGAAACCCGCAGUUUUAAACAACAUGGGCACGGCUUCCAGCACAAAGAAAUUCGAUUUUGUAGUAGCAGACACGAGAGUACUCGAAGCCCCCGCAACGUCUGCUAAACAAGCUAGCGUGAAAACAACACAAUGUUUAAUGGGGAAAAUAAAGACAGCAACAUUCAAAUUCUUUGAAAACGUUGGUAAAGGAUACACAUUUAAUGAAAUGGACACGCCAACUACAAUAGUACCGUACCGAUCAGAUAGUAGUUUCGAACAAACCGAGUCAGCGAACUUAGACAAGAUAAGUGAAACCGAAAUGAAUCUGAUGGCGCAGCCUGUUACGCCGGAAGCUCAAGGGACCACACACAUGAGUCCUACAAUUGUCAUCAUCAACGAGUAUGACAAUCCGAUGAACAAUGAUGUAUUAAAUGAUCCCAAUAGGGACAUUGAAGGUUAUAAGAACUUGCUGCUGUCUAUAAUCCAGUAUGAGACGAAUAAACUCAAUGAUGAAUGGCAUAAGAUCGCGUACGGCAGUAAGGAAAGAGAUGAGGAUGUCAAACGAAGUAUCAUUCAGAUGAAAGGUGACACGACCCCUAAGAAUAAAUCAUCAAAAGUCAAGGAGAAGCCUCUUGAGGAGAUGGACGUGAUGCAAAACCUUAAAUCUCUCAAAGAUUUUGAAUUACAAAUACCUGAUCCCAAGGACUCAACCAGGAAGCCCGCUGGCAUCCUCGGUAAACUAGCCAGCAAAUUUGGCAUGAGGGUCGUAGCGGCAAACAAAAAAAAGAAACAUUUUCUGAAGAAAUAUGACUCCUAUGAAGAUUUGGAAGGGGUCACCUUUGGCAAGGGCGAGUAUAGACUGCCAAGCAAGGAUGACGUCUUAGAGCAGGGGGAUAACGCUGUCAAAUAGGCAGUCCAUAAGAUAUACCGAGAUGUGGCAAAGAAUACAAGAAAAGUAUUAAAAAAC